GCAGAACAGUUGACUUUAUUUUUUAAAUAUCAAGGUGACCAUGCUGUUCUGUGUGUCAGAAUCAAGAACGUAGCAGCAGCUGUGACAAAAGCAGCUAGACUCCACCUCUUUCAAGCACAGGAAUGGCAGAGGCUGCAGGAUGGUACCCAGGAUCACAGCUGUACAGAGAAGUUCUCUAAGGCUCAGCUGACAAUGACUGUGAACCACACAGAGCAAAAUCUGACAGUGUCCCAGAUUCCUUACCCGGAAACAUGGUAUGUGUUUUAUGUAGACAAGUUUACCUGCGAGGAGAAUUAUUCUGAAUCCGAGGAUAUUCAGUUUGAAAUGGUCUUGCUAAACCCAGAUGCAGAAGGGAAUCCAUUAGAUCACUUUAGCGCAGGGGAAUCUGGUUUGCACGAGUUCUUUUUCCUGCUGGUCCUGGCGUACUUCGUCACCGCCUGCAUCUACGCGCAGUCCCUCUGGCAGACGCUGCGGAAGCGUGGGCCCAUGCACGCUGUGCUGAAGGUGUUGACAGCUGCAUUGCUGCUGCAGGCUGGCUCAGCCUUCGCCAACUACUUGCAUUUCUCAAGUUACUCUAAAGAUGGAAUAGGAGCACCUUUUAUGGGAAGUCUGGCAGAACUGUGUGACAUAGUCUCACAAAUACAAAUGCUGUAUUUAUUGCUGAGUCUGUGUAUGGGUUGGACAAUAGGCAGAAUGAAGAAAUCUCAUGGCAGACCUCUUCAGUGGGAUUCCACUCCAACAUCUACUGGCAUUGCUGUAGCAGUUGUUGUUACACAGAGCUUUUUAUUAAUUUGGGAGCAAUUUGAAGACACGAAUCACCACAGCUACCAUUCACACCAUGGCUUAGCAAGCGGGCUGCUCAUUGGCCUCAGAGUUUGCCUGGCUUUGUCACUGGCUGCUGGUCUUUACCAGAUCAUCACCGUGGAGAGAAGCACGCUGAAAAGGGAGUUCUACAUCACCUUUGCCAAAGCCUGCAUUCUCUGGUUUUUGUGCCACCCAUGUCUCGCAACCAUUGCUGUAAUAUUCAGAGAAUAUCAAAGAGAAAAGAUUAUUACCAUAGGUGUUAUCCUGUGUCAGUGCAUCUCCAUGGUUAUCCUCUACAGACUUUUUCUAUCUCAUAGUCUAUAUUGGGAAGUAUCUUCACUGUCUUCAGUGACAUUGCCACUGACAGUGUCAUCCGGACAUAAAAAUCGACAUCACUUCUGAGAUGUUCAGGAAGAAUGCAGUAUGUAAUAAAUGUGCAAUAAUGACUGAAAUAUGCAGGUAUUUUUGUCAGAGGUGUGUGAUACCUUGGUUUCAUUG